AUGGUGCUAGAUGUCGACGUGGGUUCUGAAGAGCUGAUCGCUGUCACGGAGAAUAAAAGAAGCCACAUGGCUGAGAGGCUCGUGGGACGUUAUGCGGACGACAUCAGUGACGAUAGCGACAUACGAUGCGACCCGCUUAGCUGCCGGGCUAAUGCGGACGCAACAUGUCGCUUCCACACCCCUCCCCCCACCCAACCCUCCAACCCCUUCCUCCUCCUCCUCGUCCUCCUCUACCCUCUGCCUGCGUCCUCUCUUUCCUGUUCUCGCUGCGGUGUUGCUAUAGCGACAGAGAAAUGUGGGAAUACCUCCGUCCUUCAGAGCUCAGGGAGACAGACGGAGAUUGAGAUGGUUGAGGGAAGGAGACAAGGGAAGGAAGCGUGGAAAAUAAUCAAAAGACAGAAGGGGAUGCUGAAGUUUGUCGUAGCCGUGUUUCGACAUGGCGAUCGUUCGCCUAUUGAGUCGUAUCCCAGAGAUCCUCAUGGAGAAGACGUGUGGGCUCAGGGCUUUGGACAACUGACUGAGCUGGGCAUGAAGCAGCAGUUUGACCUCGGCCAGUUUCUCAGGAGGCGCUACGGAAACUUCCUCAAUGAUGACUAUGACAACAAAGAGAUAUAUGUGCGGAGCACAGACUACGACCGCACUCUGAUGAGCGCCCAGGCCUGCCUCGCUGGGAUGUUUCUGCCAUCCAGACGACCACCUCCAAUUGCGCCCCAGUUACUGUGGCGGCCUAUUCCCGUGCACACCAUCCCCAGGUCUCAGGACAAGCUGUUGAAGUCUCCUGGGAAAGAUUGCCCAAGAUUGAAAGCACUGAUGACCGAGACCUUUGAGAGUGCACCCUACCAGACUUACCUCAAGGCUCACAAGAGGAUCCAUAACUUGACUCUCCCGCACUGGGCUACCCAACGCGUUCUGGACACUCUGAAGAAAAUUGCAUCCUUCGAGGUUACGUACAGCAUCCUGAGUCACAAGCGGAAGGAGAAGGCCAGACUCUCGGGAGGGGUGCUACUGAAUGCCAUCGUGAAGAAUUUCUCCAAGGCUGUGGAGCAAGGCAGCACACUCAAGUUCAUCAUGUACUCGGCUCACGACUCCACUCUGAUCACCCUGCAGGCAGCUCUGGAUGUCUACAACGGCUUUCUUCCUCCUUACGCUGCCUGCCAACUCUUUGAGUUCUACCAAGAGUAUGACGGAUCCUAUUCACUGGAAAUGUACUAUCGGAACGACUCCUGGCGUGACCCGUUCCCCAACCCGGUGCCGGGAUGCAAAGGGCUGAACCCAUGCCCUUUGUCCGUGUUCACUGAGCUGCUGCGGGAUUGA